AUGAACAGCUACCUCAAGUGUAUGAAGUUCACCGAGAACCGCAACGCCCCCAACUGCCGCAUCUUGGCCAAGCAGUACCUCAAGUGUCGCAUGGACCACCAGUUGAUGGAGAAGAGUGAGUGGGACACGUUGGGGCUCACCAACUUGCCUGGGGAGAAGACGGAGGAAAUGAAGUUUAAGAAGGAUGAUGCUACUACAAGUAGUGCAACUACUACGAGUAGUAGUAGUGCUGCUACUAAUGGAGGCGAUGGUGGUGGUGGUACCAAGUGA